GAUUUAGAGCGGUGGCCAUGGAAAUCUUCCAGACAGCUAGCGUUGUUCGUUUAUGCAGCCACCAUGACAAAUUCUUAGUAGCCAACGACGAUCAGGAAACAGUCGGCCAAGAUCGAGACCGGUCGUCAACGAAAGCGCGAUGGACAGUGGAGCUCCCGGAGUCGAGUUUGAUCCAUAUUCGUCUCAAAAGCUGUCACGGAAAAUACUUGUCGGCUUCGAAUAUGCCGUUUCUCAUCGGAAUGAAAGGGAAAAGGGUGUUGCAAACCUUGCCGAGACGACUAACAUCUUCAGUUGAAUGGGAACCCGUUAGGGAAGGCGUUCAGUUUAGGUUCAGGACACGUUACGGCCAGUAUUUACGUGCCAACGGAAAGUUCCCUCCGUGGAGGGGUCACAUUACACAUGAUGUUCCUCAUCUAUCCGUCACACAAGACUGGAUUCUUUGGACCGUUGAGAUUUUAGAAGAACGGCAACAAGACGAUUUGCCGCGUCUUCUGCCUCCUCCUUCUUCUGUCGAGACAUCUUCCUCACAGCAUAUCGAAUCAAAUUCGGAAUCAGAGAUCUCACUUAGGGGGCCUAGAGAGUCUACCCUUGAGGCUGAUGAUUCAACAGAAGGUUCAGGAGGGGCAUUUGUCGGAAGGAUAAUUAAGUACGAGGUAGUAGAUGAAAAUGGUGAUGUUGAUAAGAGCAUCGGAGAGCGAAGCUUCCCAUUUAAAGGCAAUGGGGUAGAGGAAUUGAAGAAGGCGUUGAAGGAGGCGGCAAAGGUGGACGAGGAGUUUACCGUUUGCUCGCGCAACUCUUUCAGCGGCAAGCUUUAUGCACUCCCAGUGAAUCUUCCUCCCAACAACUCCGCCAUGCACGUUGUUGUUGUUCCUCAAUCAUCCAAAGCGGCCAAAGAUAUUGGGAGUGGUUGA